ACAAUAUCACAUUAAUUCACAACACUCUUUAUCAUUUUCCUAAAGGCAAAAAAAAAAAAAAAUGGCGGUCUUUCUCAAAAACGAUUAUACUGUUCUCUGCAUGUUUUUGCUCUUGCCGACGCUAUGCUACAGCAAUAAUUAUGUUUCUAGAGCUACCUAUUACAGUACCCCUGAUGGCAAGGGGACACCAAGUGGAGCGUGUGGUUACGGAGACUAUGGCAAAGAUGUUAAUAGUGGCCAGGUUUUUGCAGCCUCCAAGAGGCUUUACAAAAAUGGAGCUGGCUGUGGAGCUUGCUACCAGGUAAGGUGCAAGGACAAGGGAUUAUGCAGUGAGGAAGGUACAAAGGUAGUGGUGACUGACAGUGGAGAAGGGCCUGGAACAGACUUCAUUCUCAGCUACCGCGCCUAUGCUAAAUUGGCUAAGCAGCCUAAUAUGGCUAAGCAUUUGUUUGCUAAAGGAGUGGUUGAAGUAGAAUAUCGUAGAGUUUCUUGCAAAUAUGGAGGAAAUCUGAUGCUUAAAAUCAAUGAACAUAGCAAGUACCCUAACUACCUUGCUAUUGUUGUUAUGAACCAAGGUGGUGCUACUGACAUCCUCGCUGUCGAAGUCUACGAGGAGGAAACACAAGAAUGGAUAUCAAUGAGGAGGUCCUAUGGAGCUGUGUUCGACCUACCGAACCCACCAAAUGGUGAACUUAAAGUGAGGUUCCUCACAAGUGCUGGUGCUGAGACCAAAUGGGUGCAGUCUGAUAAGGCUGUAAUCCCUGCUGAAUGGGAAGCUGGGACUACUAUUGAGACAGACAUUCAGCUCUCUUAGACAAAAAAAAAAAAAAAAAAUAUAUAUAUAUAUAUAUAUAGAAGCAUUAUAACAUAUAUCUAUGUCUAAUGAGUUAUUAGUGCUUGGCUAUCAGUUUACAGAAGUAAUUUUAGAUUAGUUGCAGGCAUACUAGGAAUCACGCCACGCUGAACACGAUGCUUCAACCAUCGUCUUGAGUUGUUAUCAUGUGUUAAGUUCUUGUACUUCGUUCUCUAAUAUAUAUU